AUGCUCCAAGCCCUCAUGGACAAACCUCAGCAGUUUCACUCGCUCAUUCUCGCGCCGACACGAGAACUGGCGCAGCAGAUCGCUCACACGGUGGAAGCGCUGGGCGCCCGGAUCUCCGUGCGAUGCACGCUCCUCAUCGGCGGUAUGGAUAUGAUCUCGCAGGCGAUCGCCCUGGGGAAGAAGCCGCACGUCAUCGUUGCGACCCCGGGACGACUGCUGGACCAUCUGGAAAACACAAAGGGCUUCUCGCUGCGAACGCUGAAAUACCUGGUCCUCGACGAGGCGGACCGACUGCUCGACCUGGACUUUGGACCCAUCCUCGAUAAGCUCCUCCGACUCUUGCCGAAGCGGAAGACGUAUCUGUUCUCCGCGACCAUGUCUAGCAAAGUCGAGUCCCUCCAGCGCGCCUCGCUGUCCGACCCGGUCCGCGUCUCCGUCUCGACAAAGAACCAGACCGCCUCCAAGCUCCUCCAGUCCUACCUCUUCAUCCCGCACAAAUUCAAGGAUUUCUACCUGGUGUACCUGCUCAACGAGCGUGCCGGCCAGAUGGGUAUCAUCUUCACCCGCACCGUCCACGAAACGCAGCGCCUGUCUAUCAUGCUGCGGAAUCUCGGUUUCCCAGCUAUCCCUAUUCACGGUCAGCUGUCGCAGAGCGCCCGUCUGGCAUCGUUGAACAAGUUCCGCGCGCGGUCGCGCAACCUGCUCAUCGCCACGGACGUUGCAGCCCGUGGUCUGGAUAUCCCGGCUGUCGAUUACGUUCUAAACUACGAUCUCCCGCAAGACAGCAAGACCUACAUUCAUCGGGUGGGACGGACGGCCCGUGCAGGCAAGAGCGGUAUUGCCUUUUCCUUCGUCACACAGUACGAGGUGGAGCUGUGGUUGCGGAUUGAAGACGCGCUGGGGAAGAAAGUAGAAGAGUAUAAGCCCGAGAAGGACGAGGUCAUGAUCUUUGCGGAGCGAGUGAACGAUGCGCAGCGGGUCGCAGCAUUGACGAUGAGGGAUAUGCAGGAUAAAGAUAACAAGGGUCGCGGUCCCCGGAACCGGAAGCGAACGAGAGAUGACCUCGAUCAGGAUGACGGUUAG